GACUAAAGAGGAAAGUAAGCUGAUGACCUCGAGUCAGUUACAUCGUAGAGAGCGAUGCAGCCUUACUUUAUAUGAAAGUAUCGCGUUUUAUUCCCACUUACAUGAUUCUAUAUAAUUGUAUUUAGUUUUAUAAGUUACGAAAGAUAUACAUUUUAUUUAAAAUAAAUCCGGACCGAGGAUUUAUAAACACUUGUGAUACAAUCAUGGCAGUGAAAAACCAAUAUUUCAUCGUUUUAACGAUUACAUUGUCGCUAUUCAUUGGAAACAGUGAAGCAGGAUGGAAAUUUUGGAAAAAAGAAACUACUACUACUAUGAGUACUACUCUAUCCGUAAAUGUACAAAGUACUACAGCUUCAACAAAGCCUAUAACAGACAAAAAACCAACGAUGUCAAUUGUAAAUACUGAAGCUGCAAAAAUAAAUGCUGCUAAUCCGGGAUUAGACAUUAUAGAAACAACUAGAGAAAGUAUACGAAAUAAUGUUCGAUCUAAUUCAAAGACGGAAUUCGGUACAGAUAUUGAUGUUUCAAGAUCAAACAAACCGGGAAUUAGUCAUGGAGAUAGUCAAAGUUAUCGAAAUUUAGCUACAGAUUUUAUCGCUAAAGAAUCAUCACAAAACCAACCAUCAAAAAUUCAAGGCUCAACAAUUAAUAAUGUCGUUUCUACAACAUCUUCCAUCAGAGCAGAUCAAAACAAGCCGAGUACACAACCAAGUGGAAAAACGUGGGCUGAUAUCGCUGCUAUUGGCGUGGUUAAAGCUGAUUCACCUACAAACCUUCCAAGACCGCCCGAAUAUCCUGUGCAUCCUGCUUCAGGUGAAAAUAGAGGUAGGACUACAUCUGAAAGGUCUACGCAGCCUAUUCAACUUAAUCAAAAUAAACAUUCAACAUCAUCCAAAGACGUAAGGGCUAAUGCUGUCGCAGAAGUUACCACCAAAGCAACCAUAGGUGUUACUAGAAUGUAUUCCAGUAAUCCGACGUAUAGUAAAGGAAAUAUAGUUACUGAUGAAGAUUUAGAAAAGCUUUCUGAAGCACUUUAUAUAAAAGAUAUAAAUAAUGUAAACCAAUAUAUAACAGUUAAUCUGCAAAAACAAACCACUAGCAGUAAUCUGAUGGAUCAAGCUUCGCAGCCGCUAUUGGUAAUAAAUCCUGAAGCUUUUCAAAUUUCUACGAUUCAAAAAGUUCUCUCCAUAUAUGACAAUUAUCAAUUAGAUACUCAUACGAAUGAAUAUAUUAAUCCAUUACAAAGACAGGAAGAGAGUCUCCUUGUUGAUACUUUUUUGAGUACAAACGUAAUGUCAGCUGCUAUGCGUUUUCUCGCAGAUAAAGGAUUUGUGAGACAGGAUUAUUAUGAGUAUAAAGAUACAUUAAGAAGAAUUUGGUUCAAUUUAUUCUCGCGUGGGCAAGGUAAAAUUGGCAGCACUGGAUUUGAACACGUCUUUAUGGCAGAAACGAAACAAGUAGAUGCCGGUACAGAAGUACUUGGAUUACAUAAUUGGAUCUACUUUAAUGCAGAAGAAAUAAAGAAGCGUGUUGACUAUCUAGGUUACAUUAAAAAAAUCGAUUUAGGAAACAAGGGAUCCAUUAUUAAGAUGCAUGUAAAAUUCAACGGUUACGAUAAACCAGUCACGACUAUGUUCAUCGGUAUCUCUCCCGAAUUGGAAAUGUCACUUUAUACUGUUUGUUUCUAUGCAAGACCGGAUGGCAACUGUCCUGUAUCUCUAGGAGGCACUAAGUUUAAUAUAAUAACACACAAAUUUAGAUAUAGAGGAAAAGAUUUGAUUGGAACAGCAUAUCCGGAAAUUUGAACUCUUUCUAUGUAAAUAUAUUUAUUUUACAUAUAUCUGUUUAAUAACGGUCGGCAUAACUUCUAGUUAGUAAAAAUUAUACUUUAGAUUCUUGCAUAAGCCAGUAGAUAUUUUACUCCUUGAUGCUUUGCAACGAAAAAUUCAAUUAUCGUUAUAGUUUUGUCAGAACAAAACAUAGACAUUAUGAGUAUUGCAUACGUGUCGCACUUUGAAAUUGUGUUCCUUUGCGAACAUCCGAAAGAAUUGAAAAUUUAAAAUCUGCUGCUAAGUAUAUGAAAAAAUCAAAAUCUUUUAUCCAAAUGUGGUUGCAGUGAUAUAAAGAAGCAAAAACAAUAAAUAAUUUACCGGAACGUAACUCAAUACAAAAAUUUAUAAAAAAAAUGAUAAACAGAUAGUGAAUUAUACAUGUUUAUAAACACUUUGAAUGCGGGAAAGAUGCUGCAAUUUUUUAAAAAAGCUUUGUUACUAUCUAUCAAAUUGAUUUAUUGAAAAGAAUGAAAAAUGGGUCAAGAGGAUUAUCUUCAACAAACAUCGGAGCAGGUUCUGUAUUGAUUGAAAGGAGUGACCUGACAUUGAUCAAUUGGAUUGGCCGUCACAAUCAUUCGAUACUUACAUUGUAGUUAGUGGUUGUUAUUAUGAGCAAUUAUUGUAGCCAUCUGUUUUGACAUUGCUAAACAUUUUUGUAGUGUAAUGUAACCAAAUAAAGUUAUUAUGAAAAUUAUUCCUAAUA